GAGACUUCUAGUUUAGUACUUCUCAACGUAAGAUUCUUUUAAGUGAAAAGUUCUUGUAUUCGGUCACUAACCAUUAGCGAACCUGAGAAGCACUAUUGAGCAAUGAAAACGAAAAGCGCAGUUUUCGGAUCAAGUGUAAACCUUCUUUUUCUACAUGUGAAAACAGUCUACUUAAUUUUUAUUCAAACACUUUGAAACUGCAUGUGUCAGAGAAUGUUAAAAAACAGUUUCGGGUCAUUUCGCUUCACAUAAGAUAUUUGUACAUGUCCAAUACACACUGGACGUACUUAAAUAACAUAUGAUUUCUUUCCAACAAGUCUUUGCUAGAUAAUUUUGGAGGAAUUUAAUCUUCACUUGGUUUCUUUUGUGUCUUCAAAUACUUGGAUUUAAUCUGUUUAUUCGUGAUGCUUGUCCAGAAUGACAGUUUAAAGUAUGACAACAAGGAUGGUGAAAGUCAGCCCAUUCAGGCUUCAGUUGAAAUUAAGCACUACCCGAAGGAAAGAUCUGCGCGAAGUACUAGACAUCCCAAUAUUUUCCGAAGUAGUGAACGUCCUCGACAAAAAUCUUUGAACACAAUGCUUUGUGGAUGUUUAGUUACCGGCACGGAAUGUACCAGUAACGUGGAACACCCUCCAAUUGAUAACAACCGUCGGCUUCUUCCUACUAGUGCAAUCCAGUCGAUGGAAUCUCUGAGUAUAUCCAGGAAGAUGGGCUCAAACUUCUCUGUUCAGCUACCUGAAGCACCAGAUAACUCUAUUGUCAAACUGCAACCAGUAGUCAAUUUACCUUCUUGCGCUCUUAUAACAGAUGCAUUGCUUUCACAGACAAAGCGGUCAAGCACGGUCAAAGAGACCACAUCUUCUAAUGGACUAAAGCAUCAUGGCUGGCGCAGUUUUAGAUUCAGUCGUAAGAAAGAAAGAACUGUUGCCAAAACGAAGCACUGUGAUUCAGCACAUAGGACUACCGUUACUCGAUCUCAAAAAAGUGACACUUACUCUGAAACAGAACAAAAAUCUGACACUGACCAGUCUGUCGUGUUUUCACCAUUGCCAAGUCAAGCUUUACCGGAGACCAUUAGCGCUGAAGGUCAUCAAACAGCUUUACUUGGACCACAAAGUGAAGCGGAUAAAAGUAAAAAGUGUUUUGUUAUUGAUUUGGACGAAACUCUUGUGCAUAGUUCCUUCAAGGUGAUAGAACACGCGGAUUUUAAGGUUGGAGUUGAAAUUGAUGGAGUUACACAUCGUGUAUAUGUCCUCAAACGACCACAUGUUGAUCUUUUCUUAUCAACAAUGGCCAAUCUCUAUGAAUGUGUACUAUUUACGGCUAGUUUAGCUAAAUACGCCGAUCCAGUUGCAGAUUUUAUUGACAAAUGGCAGGCUUUUCGAUACCGGUUGUUUAGAGAAUCCUGUGUAUAUCAUCGUGGUAAUUAUGUAAAGGAUCUCAGUCAUCUAGGUAGGCCAAUUAAUCAAGUUGUUAUUUUGGAUAAUUCUCCAGCAUCGUACAUGUUUCAUGCAAGUCAUGCAGUACAGAUCUCAUCAUGGUUUGAUGAUGUAAAUGAUCGCGUUUUAUUGGAUCUUAUCCCUUAUUUUGAAAAGCUUGCAACCCAGCCCAACGUUGUUGACUUUUUAAAAAACAACGUUCCUCCUACACCUUAUGCUGCAAUUGGUACAGUUGGGCUACCUCCUGGAUUUUUCCCUCACACAACACUUCCCGCCGGUACCAGUAUCGGUAGUGGUAAAUCUAUUGAUGGGAGUUCAAUAAUUUCGAAUAUAAAGCGUCCAACUGUUGCCUCUCCAUUUCCUGUAUCAGCUGUAUCGAAUCGUUCUCCAACUGAAAAAGAAACACCUACUACUUCUACUGUUCCAACAUCUUUGGAGUCCAAAACACAACAUGUAAUUAGUUCUGAUGAAGUACCGUUAAUCGCUAAACUUGGACCAGCUAGUAGUGGUCCUUCCUUAAUACCUGUAACAAAAAAACAAGAUGUCUCUGUCUUUCCCGUACCUUUGUCUUUAGCAACCUACUCUCCUGUCAGUUCGCCAUCAUUGAAUGUACUAGCCUGUACAAAAGUACAUCCUAGCGAUUCCGUUCAAACACAUGUCUCCGUAUCGUCUACGAAUGUGUCUAAUUCUUGCGAAAAUACGCAACUUCAAGUAUCUGAAGCCUCAGACAUUUCACCUGUGUCUUCAACAAGUCAACCGUAUUACAUUCCUUCUGUAGACUCAUCUGAACAGAAUUCGCUGGUUGGACAGAUCUCAUCAAGUUCAUAUCACCAGAAAAAACAAUCUCAUUCUAACAAACGAUUUGCCACUGUUCCAAAUCGUUUCAAAUCCAGUCCUAAUACUUCUUCAGUUGAUGGAAAUCAUCGAGCAUCAUCGGAAAAAACGAUGAAAACCAUUGGACCGCUUGGCAAUAGUUUAUCUCUUUCCCCUGUCCCAUCCACCUCGAGUGUAACCUCUGAUUGUACCUCAACAAUAAGUUAUUCUGUUAAGUAAGGCCUUUUGCUCGCUAAAACGAUAAUCCUCAACCAUUGUGCCAAAAAAUCUGUGUAUUAUUUCAUUUUGUUUAAGAUACAAAUAGGCGCCUAAUUAAUUUAUCAAGUGAUAUUGUCUCACCUUGUAGGUGUUUUCGCUCAGGCAUUUAACGGUGAUGAUGAUGGCCAGUAAUCAUUACACUCUCUUUGUAUGUAUGUACACUUCGAAUUGAUGUUAGCUGUAAUUGUUAAGGUACAAAGAAAUCUCUAAAAAUUAUUAUGCCUGCUCAAAUAAAUAGUAUGUUCCUUC